GUGACGCGCGCCGUGCGCGGAGGCCAAGAUGGCGGACGAGGAGGGCGAAGCGCGGCCGGGGGCGCGGAACGGGGCCGGGGAGGGACCCCCGGGCGGGCCCCGCGUCGUCCGCAUCGUCAAGUCCGAGUCCGGUUACGGCUUUAACGUCCGCGGGCAAGUGAGCGAGGGCGGGCAGCUGCGCAGCAUCAACGGCGAGCUGUACGCGCCGCUGCAGCACGUCAGCGCCGUGCUGGGCGGAGGGGCCGCCGACCGCGCCGGGGUGCGCAAGGGGGACCGCAUCCUGGAGGUGAACGGGGUGAACGUGGAAGGCGCCACGCACAAGCAGGUGGUGGAUCUGAUCCGCGCCGGCGAGAAGGAGCUGGUGCUCACCGUGCUCUCGGUGCCGCCGCACGAGGCCGAGAGCCUGGAGCCGCCCGAGGAGCCGCUGGGCCAGGCCUUCUACGACUACAGCGAGAAGCAGGCGGUGCCCAUCUCCAUCCCCACCUACAAGCACGUGGAGCAGAACGGAGAGAAGUUCGUGGUGUACAACGUGUACAUGGCCGGGCGCCAGCUGUGCUCCAAGCGCUACCGGGAAUUCGCCAUCCUGCACCAGAACCUGAAGCGGGAAUUCACCAACUUCACCUUCCCGCGCCUGCCCGGCAAGUGGCCGUUCUCGCUGUCCGAGCAGCAGCUGGACGCCCGCCGGAGGGGCCUGGAGGAGUACCUGGAGAAGGUGUGCUCCAUCCGGGUCAUCGGCGAGAGCGACAUCAUGCAGGAAUUCUUGUCGGAGUCGGACGAGAAUUACAACGGCGUCUCCGACGUGGAGCUGCGCGUGGCGCUCCCGGACAUCACCACGGUGACGGUGAGGGUGAAGAAGAACAGCACCACGGACCAGGUGUACCAGGCGGUGGCUGCCAAGGUGGGCAUGGACAGCGUCACCGCCAACUACUUCGCGCUCUUCGAGGUCAUCAACCACUCCUUCGUGCGGAAGUUGGCUCCCAACGAGUUCCCGCACAAGCUCUACGUGCAGAACUACACCUCGGCCGUGCCGGGGACGUGCCUGACGCUGCGCAAGUGGCUCUUCACCACCGAGGAGGAGGCGCUGCUCAACGACAACGACCUGGCCGUCGCCUACUUCUUCCACCAGGCCAUUGAUGAUGUCAAGAAAGGCUACAUCAAAGCCGAGGAGAAAUCCUACCAGCUGCAGAAGCUCUGCGAGCAGAGGAAGAUGGUCAUGUACCUGAACAUGCUGCGGACGUGCGAGGGCUACAACGAGAUCACCUUCCCGCACUGCUCCUGCGACUCGCGGCGCAAGGGCCACGUCAUCUCGGCCAUCAGCAUCCGCCACUUCAAGUUGCACGCCUGCACCGAGGAGGGGCAGCUCGAGAACCAGGUGAUCGCGUUCGAGUGGGAGGAGAUGCAGCGGUGGGACACGGACGAGGAGGGCAUGGCCUUCUGCUUCGAGUACGCGCGCGGCGAGAAGAAACCGCGCUGGGUCAAGAUCUUCACCCCCUACUUCAAUUACAUGCACGAGUGCUUCGAGCGGGUGUUCUGCGAGCUCAAGUGGAGGAAGGAGAACCUUUUCCAGCUGGUCAGGUCACAGCAAAGGGACGCGGCCACUUAACCCCGGCAGCUUUUCCAUGAAUCCCAAGAAAUCCGUUAUUGUAUUAAAGCCCCCCCCGAACUAAAUCUCAUUAAUUCCAAAUCCAUUCGUGCCCGUCAUCUUUAUGGAAUUCCAGAGGAAAAAUCUGGGAAAAGCCGCCUGCGGGGGCUCCUUUUUCCCACUCGGAUCCAGCUCCAAGGCCGGGAAUUUUGGGAUUUUUUUUUUUUUUUUUUUUUUUUUUUUUUAACAACUGGAAUUAUAAAAUUGGAUUUUUCUGCCGGGUCGGAGGUGGGGAAAAAAGUGGGGAAAAAAAGCCAGGAACAAACCCUGGGAAUGUUUAAUUCCUGCCUGGGUAUCCAUGGGAAUAAUUCCUUUCCAGUUCCAUGGGGUGGCUGCAGCUUUUUAAAGGGAUUUUCCGCCCGUUUUUCCUCCCGAUCCGGCUUUUUUUAAGGACUGGAGAGGAAAAGAACCAGGAAAAAAAUCCCAAAGGAGUAGAAUUCCAAGGAAAUGCCUCUCCCGGCACAAGGAUCCGCUCCUGGCUUCGUAUUCCUGUGUUUUUGGGGAAUUUUGGGUGUUUUCCCAGGGAGUUGGGGAUGUCUGGCUCCUUGGGAUGGGAUCCAGGCGAUUCCAGGAUUGCAGGUCCCAAGGCAGGAGCAGCUCCCGGGAGGAAAAAUCACCUGGAAAAGCCGAUUUUCCCUGGUUUUGAGCAGGAUUUUUCCAUGGAUUGGGUGGAUGUGCAGCUUCCAGGAGGAAAAACAACCGGAAAAGCCGUUUUUCCUUGGUUUUAAACAGAAUUUUUCCAGGAUUUUGACCAGGAUCCAGUGGCUGGGCAGUUCCCAGAAGGAAAAAUCACCUGGAAAAGCUGUUUUUCCCUACUUUUGAGGUCUUUUCCAUGGCUUGGGAGGAAAAAUAGGGUGGAAAAGCCGUUUUUCCAUUUUUAGUGGGAUUUUUCCAUGGAUCUGCUCUCCAAGCAGUUCCCAGGAGGAAAAAGCACCUGGAAAAGCCGAUUUUCCCUGGUUUGGGGCUGGCCCGGAGCUGGUUCCUCCGGCUCCCGCCGGGGUUUGGGGUGGAUUUGGGAAUAUUUGGAACCAAAAACCCGGGAGGGGCGUCCUGGCCCCAUUCCCGAGCCCUGGAAUGAGCGGGAAUGGCUCCGAAGUGGGAUUUUCCCCAAAAUCCCCGUUUUGGAUCCCUGGAGCUGGGAUGGGGGAGAUUUUGGGGAGGGGGGGAAAUCCCAAAUCCUCGGCUCUGGAGCAGCUGGGAGCUGGGAAUAAAUCCCGUUAAUUGGAUCCCUGUCAUUAAUUGGAUUCCCGUUGUCCCCAGGAGCCCCGAGCCGGGAAUGGGAGGGAAAACUGGGAGAGGUUUGGGAUCCCCCAAACCCCCCUAAGACCAAUUUGGGUAAAAUCCCGGGAAAAUCCCGAUUUUGAUCCCAAAUUAAACCAGCCCCACAUUCCAAGGGAGCGGAGGGAGCUGAAGUCUCUCCGGGGAUUUUUUUAUCCAAAAAAAAAAAAAAAAAGAAAAAAACCCUGGAAAAAGGGAAAAAUCGGUCAAAAAAAGCCCCCCCUGCCCAGCUUUUCCCAUUUUCCCACUUCCAGCUGCUCCCGGCGUUCCCAUUCCUCGGGAAAAGCCCCUUUAGUGUAAUUAAUUGUAACAUAUUCUUUUAAAUAAAUGGAUUUAUUGAGGAA